AUGGCUUUUGUUGAUCAAUCCUUCUCCGAGAUGGAUGUGUCAAUCACAAAUGACUGGGUGGAUUUCGAUCAAUUUCUCGAUCUCCCUUCUAGCUACGACGAUGAGUCGACUGCCACCACCGUCUCACCUCAGGACCUGGCUCUCCCUUAUGAGGCAGAUGGGAUGUUCACCUCCCCAUCUGAUUUCAUGCAAUCCUCCUUCGAGAUGACCAACUAUGAUCUCCCACAAGAAGAGUUCAUGGGCAUGGAUGGAGGUUUUAUGCAGGACCCGGCUGCUCCCUUGUUCGAUGAUGCUGCGUUCCUGGGAUACAACCCGUACGACAGCAGCAACACAUUCCGGAACUUGGUGGAGGCGCAGGCCGCCGCCGACCCACGCGCUGCUACUAUCAAGGAGAAGCGUCGCGAGGCAGCGAUUGCACUGCAUUUGCAACGCCUUUGCGAUGCCACUGCUCUCGACUUGGAUAUGUCCUCCGACUCCAACACCAGCUUCUCAUCCCCAAGCUGGUCAGAAUACGUUCGCGGGAGCAUCUCUCCGCGUCCUAGCCCACAAAACACAUUUGUUGAGGCACCCCCUCCAGGAGGCAUGGAGAUGGUUCUAGAUUUGAACAUGAACGCUGCAGCCAAUGUGCCUAAGAAACAGAAGCCUCGAUCUCAGGCACAGAGGGAGAACUACAUCAAGGCUCGGAAAUAUGGGGCUUGUGAGAAGCACAAGAAGCAGCAUAAGCGAUGCAACUGUCUGGAGAAGGCUGCUGCUCGAGUCGCUGCCAGCGACGUUCCGAUGAGUGUAGCACUCCAAGAAAGACCGAGGCAGCCGGCGCUUCAUGUGCCAAUCCUCCCAGGGUCGCACUACUCAGACUCGCCCGGUCACGACCCAUCAUUCAGCUCACCUCAAGCGCUUCCAACUGUCAGGGCGACGAGGAAACCAACAAGCAUCUCAUCUGGCAUGGACCCCUCUGUGGGGCUGCCACCAAUGGGACUGCCUGGCGUGGUACCAAUUGCCAAGCAGAUCAUCAGGACAAAGAUUCAAAAGAGUACACCGCCGGGGCCCGACAUCGCUCUACUAUCUGGCAAGCCAGCUUCCAAGAGCACGUCAAACCAAGACCUCGUUCUGCUGUCGAGCAGAAACACCGCGAUGAACGAGACUGCCAGACACGACAUAGUCCUAUCUGGCAAGGCCAUCGCAAACCGCUCUUCCGCGGGACACGAGAGAGCAUCCACACAAGACAGGGUGUCAAAGACCACAGGAAGUGGACAACCUCACGAUCCAUGCGGUCCGAGUAUGCCUCGGCCAGUUCAUGCAGCUGGCAUGUGCUCUGGCAGCUCAGGCUUGCGCUGGCGGGUAUCGACCUCAUCUGCUGGUGCUGUGUGCUCAGAAAGGACCAACAUCAAGACCAAAUCUCCGGUGGAUCAUCCAACUACAGGUGUUCGUCACAUUCCAGGCCUCCAUGUAUACCAAUCGAGUUUCAAAAUGCCCAUGGUGCCAGGUACUGUUGCCGGCAACGUUGGAAUGCGCAAUUCCAUGCCCCUCGUGCACACCUCUGGCAUCCAGUUACCUGGAGCAGAUCACAGGAGAGUUUCAGAGGGACUGGCCAAGCAACUCGCAAUACUCUCUGGCUUACAGUCGGUGCCGAAGGAUCUUCUGGUCUCGCCGACUCGACGUGGAUCGUCAGAUCUCUUUGGAAGCACCUUGCCGCAUACUCUCGAGGUUAGGCCACUGCUCAUUAGCGGAGGUUCCAUCGUUGGCCCCGUUGCGGAAAGUGCUGGUGGCCUGCUUUCCAGUGCUGCCUUGGCAUUUACUGGUGCCUGGAAGACAUCGCUUUCUCUGGCAGCUGGGGUUGAGGGCGUGGUCUACAAAUAUCUGUCUAUAUUUGGCCGACACCUUGUGUCUGCGAAGAAGGGCUCAUAUCUAGGCGGGCUGCGGAACGCUUGGUGCCUAUAA